AUGGGUUUAUUUGGUAAAACACAGCAAGCUUCACCAAAAGAAAUGGUAAAUGAAUGGACUCACAAAAUAAGAAAGGAAAGCAACAAUAUUGAGAGACAGAUUCGAGGCAUCCAGCGUGAAGAAGAGAAGACGAAAAGAAUGAUCAAAGAUUCAGCAAAACGGGGAGAGCGAGAUUCAUGUAGAAUUUUGGCCAAGGAGAUUGUGAAGGCUGACAAACAGAUAAAUAAACUGUAUUCUUCAAUAGCUCACUUGAGCUCAAUACAGAUGAGCAUGAAGCAUCAGCUAGCUACACUGCGGGUUGCUGGGGCUUUAGCAAAGAGUACAGAGGUCAUGCAGAGCAUGCAACAGCUUGUGAAGGUGCCAGAGAUUCACGCUACAAUGAGGGAAAUGUCUAAAGAAAUGAUGAAAGCAGGUAUUAUAGAGGAAAUGAUGGAUGAUGCCAUGGAAACUCUAGAUGAUGAUGAUCUGGAAGAAGAGGCCGAUGAGGAGGUUGACAGGGUCUUGUACGAACUUACUGCUGGUGAACUUGGCAAAGCUCCUGCUGCAGUGAAUGAUUCAUUGCCGGUCACAGAGGUCGAAGGUGCCACAGCAGGACCUUCUCGUGUCGCUGCUGCUACUGCUGUUGCCAUUGAAGAGGAAGAUGACCUUGAAGAUAUGAAGGCCAGAUUGGAGGCAUUACGAAGUUGA